AUGGAAGUUGUGGCGGAGCCCAUUGUCUCUGUGCUCUUUGAGGAGUUGGUUAAGAAAUUGGGGUCCGUUGAGGUGCGGUCAUUUGCUCGUCAACUCUUUGGAGGGGUAGAUUCAGAGUUAGAAAAACUGAAAACUACGUUGGAGAAUAUUAAAGACCUGCUUACUGAUGCUGAAGAAAAACAACUGUCAGAAAGAGCUGUGAAAAGGCGGCUUGCCGAACUUCAAAACUGGGCUUAUGAUGCAGAGGACAUACUGGAUGAGUUUGCCUAUGAAUUAGCUUUGCGUCGCCACCUGAAGGCAGAAGAACGUAAGGCUAGCUCCAGCAAGGCACUGAACCUCGCUACUAGACCCAGGUUCAAUUUCAGCAUGUGGUUAAAGAUCAAAAAAAUCAAUAGCCAGUUGGAACAACUCCGCAAGGAAGCAUCAAAAGACUUUAUUCUUAAGAAGGGGAUCACAGGAGGGACAUCAAGUGCUGUUUCAGAGGGCCUAAGACCAGAGGAAACUUCAAGCGUCCCACCUGAACAAACAGUUCAUGGCAGACAUGAAGAUGAAACCAAACUACUUGAACUGGUGAAAAAUGAUCAACCAAGUGGUGCCAAUAAAUUUCGAGUGAUAGCCAUCGUCGGCAUGGGAGGGAUCGGCAAAACGACAAUUGCUCGAGCGGUGUACCAUCACAACGACCUGGAAGGUUUCGAGUUUGACAAAGCAUGGGUUUGUGUUUCACAGAUUUUUGAUAUUCUCACUAUCUCAAAGAAUAUCCUUCGGUCAUUAAAACACUCUUCAUCCUCCAAUCCAAAUAAUUUAAAUGAAGCACAAGUUGAACUGCAGAAGGCAGUAAAUGGGAAAAAAAUCUUGAUAGUAUUAGACGAUGUUUGGGAGGUAGACUACAGAAAAUGGGAACAGCUUAUGUCUCCCUUCAAAGCUGGUGCACCUGGAAGCACGAUGAUUGUCACAACACGCGAUACAUCUGUUGCUAAAAGAAUAAGAUGCCCUGAUUCUGAUAUUUAUGCUUUACAGAGUUUAUCCGAUGAAGCUUGUUGGUCCUUGUUUUGGGAGCACGCACUUGCGAUUGGUGCAGCUGCUAAUGUUGAUCUAAUUGCCGAUUCAAUUCGUAAGAGAGUUCUUGAAAGAUGUAGCGGUCUACCUCUGGCAGCAAAGACCCUCGGUGGUCUUCUACACUCUAAGCCGAUUAAUACUUGGGAAAGAAUAUUAGACAGCGAAAUAUGGAAUUCAUUUAAAGAAAAAGAUGUUAUCCCCGUAUUAAUGUUAAGUUAUCUCUAUCUCCCUCCGCAUUUAAAAAGAUGUUUUGCGUAUUGUGCGGUCUUUCCAAAAGGCUAUGAAUUUGAGGAAAAUGAACUUAUACUUUUAUGGAUGGCAGAAAGUAUCAUUCAACAAUCUGAUGAGCAACUAGACGAGAUGGACGAGACAGGUCUGUACUUUACUAAUUUGUGUUCAAGGUCUCUUUUUCAAAAAUCAUGUAAUGAUGGUUCUAAAUAUGUAAUGCAUGAUCUUGUCCACGAUCUAGCUGAAUUGGUUUCUAAAGAAUUUAAUUUCAGAUCUGAGAAAGCCAUUAUUAAGCUAUCAGAAAAUGUUAAAAGAAUUCGUCAUUUUUCUUAUCGUUCUGAUGGUUAUGAUUUAAAAAGAAAUUUAAAAGCUUAG